AAGCUGCAAGUGUCAAACUGUCGAGCAAGGAAGGAGCUCAAAGAUCAAGACGGCACGUGAUUUCAAUGAUGUUCAAAGCUGCCAUUUCCUGAUCGGAAAAGUCUGGACGCUGAUCAAGAGUUUCUUCUCCCACUGACAGUCAGUUUUAUGACGACCAUCUCAAAAUCUUGAUGCGCUCUCUCUCUCUCUCUCUCUCUCUCUCUCUCUCUCUCGCGCGCGCGCGCGCUCAUAGGUGGGCAUGGAAGAACGCGGGAAUCGUCACCUGGAGUAGAUUGUCACUAGAAAUAUUGCACUGGCGUUUUCCAUCUGGGCGUUGUGCCGGGCGGUGGUGGCCGUAGUGGGGCUUCUGUAGAGGACAGAGAUGUACAGCAGGUGCGGGCAAUUGGUUAGCCGGCUUGUACGGGGAUCGGCAGCCACUGGCAGGAGGAGGUGGGUGUCGACGGAGUCGAAGAAGUACGUGGCGAUGUGGGGAAAUGGCGACUUCGGGAGGCUGGGACUGGGCGAUUUCUCGUCGCAGUGGAAGCCUACCGUCUGCGAGCGCCUCAAGGGGGAGAAUCUUUCUGCGGUUUCGUGCGGUGGAGCUCAUACGCUCUUCCUUACUGAAGACGGAAGAGUGUUCGCCACGGGAAUGAAUGAUUUCGGUCAAUUGGGGAUUCCCGGAAUCAUGGAUCAUACUCCGGAGCCUUGUGAAGUGGCUGGAUUUGGCGAGAAAGUUGUUAAGAUAUCGGCAGGCUAUCGCCAUUCUGCUGCAAUCACAGAUGAUGGAGCACUCUACAUGUGGGGGGAUAACUCAAGUGGCCAGCUUGGCCUUGGAAAAAAGGCAAAGAACAUAGUUGCGAUUCCAAGCAUAGUUGACAGCCUUAAUGGGUUCCAUAUGGAAAUGGUGGCUUUGGGGUCAGAGCACUCAGUAGCCAUUACAGAAAAUGGUGAUAUGUUGAGUUGGGGAGCAGGGGGUUCUGGACAGCUCGGUCAUGGUCAUCAUCCCAGCAUCUUAAGUUUUCUAAAAAGUUCAAGAGAAUAUACACCCAGGCUUGUAAGAACACUUGAAGGAGUGAAGGUCAGGAAAAUUGCUGCAGGAUUGCUACAUUCUGCCUGUAUAGAUGAAAAUGGCUCUGUUUUCUUGUUUGGCCAAAGAACAACAGAUAAACUGGGUUUUGCAGAAGCAAAUAUUGUAUCAUCACCAUCUGCUAUCAAACUUCCUUCUUCUCAACAAGUUUCAUGUGGUGCAUAUCACACGUGCGUUGUAACAAGAGGUGGUGAGCUGUACACAUGGGGCACAAACGAAAAUGGUUGCCUUGGCCUUGGUUACAAAAACCUUGCUCGAGUGCCUGAGAGAGUGGAAGGGAAAUUACUGCAGCAUGCUGUAUCUGAAGUUUCUUGUGGUUGGAAGCAUGCAGCCGCAAUUUGUGAUGGUAACAUCUUCACGUGGGGCUGGGGAGGUUCGUAUGGUACAUUUUCAGAGGAUGCUCAUUCAUCUGGAGGGCAACUGGGACAUGGGACUGACUUUGAUUACUUUGAACCCACGAUGGUAAACUUUGGCCAGAGUGUCAAUGUACUACACGUUUCAUCUGGGUUCAACCACACUGGUGCCAUAUUCAUCUACUCAUAGCGUUCAGCCUGCCUUCCGUUUCUCAUAGGGGAAGAAAGUUGUGGUUCUACACGUUGUCUAAUAAAUUAUUUCAUCCAUGCAUAUGUGGUCCUCUUGUGAAAUUUCUCUUGUAUAUCAACAAGUUCAUCACCAAAAGUAUGAUUCAUGUAUUCCUUGAAAGUUGGCCGGAUGAAGCAUAUGUAUAUUACUUUAAAUUUGAUCUCACAUUGAUUUACUUUGUGAAUUCCUAAUAAAAGCCAAAAUUUGCCACUCAA